GCUAGAUGCAUGUACUCUGUAGUUGUAUGAUCCUGAAUCAGAUUGCUAUGACAGGGCUAUAAAAUAAGAAUAGACGCUCCAAGCAGUCCCCAUCCCAUCCCCCCAUCCCAGCCCAAAACAAUGAAAUCAUCCCUCAUAAUACUAGCCCUCAUCCAGGGCAUCCUAAGCUUAAACACAACCACCACCUCCAUCCUAACAACCCAUUUCCACAACGACACCCCCUGGUACACCCCUCGCAUCCCCCUCUUCACCACCUCCCUCCCUACCUUCACCGAAGUCUACUACUACCGCUGGACCCUCUACCGCGCGCACCAGCGCGAUCUCGGCCCGGACGGCUACAUCACCACCGAAUUCCUCAACGACGUAAGCUGGCAAACACAGCCCUACGCGUCUCUCAUCGACGCAACGGGUUUUCAUCUCCGUGAGGGGCGCUGGUGUCGGGAUCGGAGGUUUAAUGAGGAUUAUGUCGGGUUUAUGCUUGAUGGUGACAGGGGGAAUAUGUAUCAGUUUUCGGAGUGGGUUGCGGAUUCCGUUUGGGCAGGGUUUUUGGUGGAUAGGGAUGUUAAUUCUAUUAUUGCAAAGUUGGAUAGGUUGGCAGAUGUGUUUGAGGGGUGGGAGGGGAAUAUGACCGAGGCUGGGACUGGGGGGCUUGAUGGGGAGAAGGGGUUGUUUUGGAUUCAGCCGUUGACGGAUGCGACGGAGUAUACGAUUGCGAGUGUUGAUGCGAGUGGUGGGGAUGAUGGGUUUACCGGGGGGGAUGCGUUCCGGCCGAGUGUUAACAGUUAUCAAUUUGCGAAUGCGUUGGCUAUUGCAAGGCUUGCGGGGUUGAAGGGUGACCAUGCACUCGAGGAGGAGUAUAGGGAUCGAGCGGAUGCGAUCAAAGUGAAUGUGCAGGAGUCACUGUGGAACAGCACGUUUGAGCACUUUAUCGAUCGGUUCCAGGUUGACAACGAGAACGUCACGUAUUGGGACUUUAUCCGUGGACGAGAAUUGGUGGGCUAUGUGCCCUGGACUCACGACUUGCCUGAUGAUAAUGAGACGUUCGCGCAGGCGUGGACUCAUCUUCUUGAUUCUGAGAAGUUUGCUGGUUCACACGGCUUGCGCACCAAUGAACCGAGUUAUGAGUAUUUCAUGCGCCAGUAUCGAUAUGAAGGCUCGCAACGUGAAUGUCAAUGGAAUGGCCCUGCCUGGCCGUACCAGAUUACCCAAGUGCUGACGGGUCUGGCGAAUCUUCUUGAUCAUUAUCCGGCUUCGUCUGGUACGGGGGUAGUCACCCGCAAGGACUACACGGAUUUACUCGUUCAAUACGCCCAGCUGCAUUAUAACCCUGACCGCGGUAGUGUGCUCGAUCUGGAAGAGGAUUAUGACGCUGAUACGGGACGGCCCAUCGUGGGACUCGCGCGAUCUCCGCAUUACUUUCACUCGGGAUUCAUUGACCUGAUUCUGUCAGGCUUCGUCGGAAUCCGACCUCGUGCAGAUGAUGUGCUCGAGGUCAACCCACUCGCUGAUGGAGAUUCCGUCUCGUUCUUCCGCGCGGAGAACAUCCUCUACCACGGCCACGAUAUAGCCGUACAAUGGGACGCAUCAGGGGAGCAAUACGGUGCCGCCGGACUGAUCGUCGAAAUCGACGGCGAAACGGCAGCCAGCGCGCCAGACUUAACCCGUCUAACGGUGAACAUCACUCGCAACGGACCACCUGCGAUUCAACGCCCAAUAGCCAAAUCAAUCCAACUCCAGUCUGACUCCGAGUGGCCACAGGGAAGCGUCUCAGUCGCGGAUGCUGAUCCGGAUAGUGUCCAUGCCGCCAUCGACGGACGGGUUUGGUUCUUCCCAGAGAGCGAUAUCGCUAAUGGAUGGGAUACACCCGUCGGGAAUGGGAGCGAACUGUGGUACCAGAUUGAGUUUGGGGACAGUAUUGACACUGCAAGUGCUGAGAUUUCUUUCUUUGCGAAUGAUACGCAGGGAUUUGAUGCUCCGGAGAGUUAUCAGGUUGAGGUUCUCGAUAAUGGUGAGUGGGUUGAGGUAAGCGGUGCGCAUUAUGCGGAGCCGGUCGCGAACGGUAUUACCCUAGCAUCUUGGGAUGAAGUUACGACCGAGAGUAUUAGGAUGGUCUUUGUGCCAAAGAGGGAGCAGAGGGUGAGACUUGUGGAGUUCAAGAUGUUUUCAGAGGUGGUCAGUUAGUGCGGGAUUGAACCUGGGUGAUACGGUUGAAGACUAGAUAUCAACAGUUUCAUCAAUAUCUAGCUCGGAUUUUUAUCAAAUAUAGAAUCUUGUCUGGUCAGAUAUA